AAUGUCAGAAAGCAAUAAAGUCUUGUCCAGUAAUGGCGAAGAGCCCAUAAUACUUUGGCUCCAUCUUCGCGUUAAAUCCACCUUGUGGAAAAGGCAACGCUCAGAGGUGAAAUCGAGCCAACACAAGAUUUGGUUUCUUCAGUGGAAGGAAAGAAGGAAGGAAGGAAGGAAGGAUCAUGAAGAUCCGUUGCGAUGUUUGUGAUCAAGCUGAGGCCUCUGUUUUUUGCUCUGCUGAUGAAGCCGCUCUUUGCCAUGGCUGCGAUCUCCAUGUUCACCGCGCUAACAAGCUCGCCGGAAAGCACUCGAGAUUCUCCCUACUUCAGCCGAUCAAAAUCGAUUCUCCUCUUUGCGAUAUCUGUCAGGAACGGCGCGCGCUCGUAUUCUGUCAACAAGAUAGGGCCAUUCUUUGCCGAGAAUGCGACAUUUCGAUUCACGGAACGAACGAACGUACGCAGAAGCACAAUCGAUUUCUUCUCACAGGUGUGAAGCUUUCUUCGACUUCUUUUUCGUACCAAACAUCUUCGUCCUCCAAUGGCUACAAUGCUGCCAUGGAUGUUAAAACUCGAAGCUCCCACGCUUGCAGCAAGAGCCCUAAAAUGGCCGCGCACGAAACCUCGAGUUCUCCUUCCUCUGAAAAAGCUGCUCCGUCGACAAGUAAUUACAAGGUCGAAGACGGCCAAGCAAGCGACGGAGGUUCGUUCUCGACUAGCAGCAUAUCGGAAUAUUUGGAGACAUUGCCGGGAUGGUGCGUGGAGGAGUUUCUCGAUCCUUCCACCGCCGCUGCCAAUCGUUUCUGUAAGUUUAACGGCGAAAUUCUGGCAACUGGGAACCAAAAUCUGGAGAGGCAACAGGAAUCACUAGGCAUCGAAAGAUUUGGCAACACCUUGGAAUUUGUAGGUAAAUUUUCUCAAACUGGAUUUUGGAAUGGAGUUGGAAUCUCCAUGAAAACUUGUAGAGGUGAAAAAAUGGCGGUGGCUGAUAAGAUCAUCAGCAACUUUUGCUCUGAAAACAAUUCUGGUAAAAUCAAAAAACAAACAGAAACUAACUUUUUGUUUGUUGCUGCUGAUUUGCAUGUUUUACCUUACUCCCACUCUUUAGAUUGCCAUUUCAUUUGCUGAAUUUAAAGUGAUUAAUGAUUUUAUGAUGAGAAUGGAAUCAAAAUGUCUUUGGUUGUUUGGUUU